AUGUGUAACCGCAUAAUAGAUUUUUUUACUACAUCCAACCUACUGAGUAAAACACAGCAUGGCUACCAAAAAGGAAAAUCGUGCCAGACUGCAAUAUUCCAAUUCACACAGAACAUCAUUGAGGCACUGGAGAAAAGUGAAGUUGCUAUGGCCCUAUUUUUUGACUUGACCAAGGCGUUUGACUGCUUGGAUCAUUUCAUACUUCUCGAUAAACUUGAGAGAUACGGCAUUAGAGGUCCUGCUCUAGCAUGGUUUGAAUCAUAUCUGUCGGAUAGGAAACAAUUUGUACGGGUGGAUAAAGAAGGUGAGACAGGUUUAUCAGAAAUCAGGACUAUUGAUACUGGCGUAGCACAAGGUGGAGUGGCUGGACCCUUGCUGCUCAUUGUUUAUCUGAAUGACAUUGCUGAAAUCUUGGAGGAAACUGACUGUUUCAGUCUUACUAACUACUCAGAUGAUACGAAUAUCCUUAUCAGACAAAAACUCUUUCCAGACCUACUUAAUUCAGCUGGCAACAUACUGAAACAAAUGAAAGAAUGGUUUAGUUCAAACAAACUAUUCCUCAAUGACGAGAAGACGAAUGCGAUGAUAAUCAGAACAAAUCGCCCUGGUUAUGCGCUACCUACGGAGAUCGUAUUGAACAAGGAAAAAAUGAAGUUAACAAACAGCACCAAAUUCUUGGGUAUGACUCUUGAUUGCUGUCUGAGCUGGAACUGCCACGUCGAGGAAACUAUUGAUAAAUUGAAUAGGGUGAGCUACUGCAUACGUAUCCUGAGGAGAUAUGUAGAUGACAUUACGAUUAAAAUGGUAUACCAUGCUAACUUCGAGUCAGUCUUCCGAUAUGGGAUAGUUUUUUAUGGAAAUAGCAGAGACAUCAAACAAAUCUUUGUCGUGCAAAAACGGGUCAUUAGAACCAUGGCAGGAAUAGGAUACAGAGAGUCAUGCAGAGGGCAUUUUAGAAGAGCAAAAAUCCUGACCCUGAGUGGAGUGUACAUCCAGGAAUGCCUGCUGUUCUUCUAUAAAAAUAGGGAACUUUUUAAGGAGUAUGAACCCCAAAAUGUUUAUGAAACAAGAACAAAUAACUAUUCAUACCCAAUCCAUCACCUAACGAUGACGAAAAAGACUGCCCUGUAUAGCUGUUUAAGGUUGUUCAACAGAUUGCCAAAUAAAAUAAAAAUAGCUGGUCCUAUUAAUAGGUUUAAAAAAGAGGUCCAUACGUUGCUGAUGGACCUUGAACCGUAUACAGUGGAAGAGUAUUUGUUGGGGAGACUGGCAUAG